AAGGAAUGAAAAGAGAGAGGUUUGUACAGCUUAAACAUCCUUUACCUGAAUCAGAUCUGUCUGUUUGACAACAUUAAAUAAUUUAUAAUCUUACUCUGUGUGUUGUUUUGUGAGGAUGAGGUUUGUUGUGAAUCUUCAGUGUAUGUGGCGGAUCGGAGCUCCAGUGAAUGUCUGGAUUCAGUGUGGAUGAGCAGAGAUCAGAGCCGCACACCACAGCCACUGCUGGACUCUAAACUCUCUGAAGAGAAAUCCGGACACACACAGGACUCCGAGCUCAGUCUGACUUUACUCUGUUAUACUGAGUCAAAGCCCACAGACGCUCAGGACACUACAGUGUGUGACAGUAAUCAGGGCUUACAGGAUGAGGAAUCUACUGAUCAAACCUCCACAGAGUCUCUGGAUUCUGUCUGGAACGCUGGAGAACAGCAGCAGAUCCUGCAGACCAAACUCAAGAUGUGUUCAGUCAAACUCAUCGACUGCACGAACCUCACGAUGAAGAUUAAAACUGAACACACAGAAAUAAAAACUGAACCUGCAGAAUUAAAAACUGAACCUACAGCAGAUGAAUAUGAAGACAAUCUUAAUGAUGGUCAUGAUUUUAUUCUGUCAGUGUUGAUGAUAAGAUGGAUGUGAUGUGCUGUAAAUCAGGAACUGAUCAGGGCUUACAGGAUGAGGAAUCUACUGAUCAAACCUCCACAGAGUCUCUGGAUUCUGUCUGUAACGCUGGAGAACAGCAGCAGAUCCUGCAGACCAAACUCAAGAUGUGUUCAGUCAAACUCAUCGACUUCAGGAACCUCAUGAUGGAGAUCAAAACUGAACCCACAGAAAUAAAAACUGAAACCACAUCUGAUGAAUAUGAAGACAAACACAGUGAUGGUCAUGAUUUUUUUCUGUCAGAUGUAAAGAGUGAAUUAUGUUUGGAUGGAGAAAUAACGUCCUCGACUCUUUCCUCCAUCAGCGGUGGAGAGACAUUGAGAUAUUUAGAGAGAAAACACACAGAACAUGAACAUCAUCUGAAGAAACACACCAAUGAGAGACCGUAUCAGUGCAAGUCACACCAAACACUACACACUAAAGAGAAACCCUUUCAAUGUUCACACUGUGAUAAACAUUUCAGUCAUAAAUCUCAUCUGAUAGUCCAUGAGAGAAUUCACACUGGAGAGAAACCUUACGUCUGUAGUGUUUGUGGGAAGAGUUUUACUCGACAUCAACAUUUAGUGAAUCACCAGAGAACUCAUACAGGUGAAAAACCUUACAAAUGCUCUCAGUGCGAGAAAACGUUUACUCAGUCAGGUUCCUUAAAAGACCAUCAGAGACUUCAUACUGGAGAGAAACCUUACAAAUGUUCUCGGUGUGAGAAGACGUUUACUCAUUCAGGUCACUUAAAAACCCAUCAGAGAGUUCACACUGGAGAGAAACCUUACGUCUGCUCUCAUUGUGGAAAGAGCGUCUCUGAUUUAAGUUCUUUUAGAGUGCACGAGAGACUUCACACUGGAGAAAAAUCUCAUCAUUGUAAUGUUUGUGGGAAGAGUUUCAGUCGACGUGACAGUUUAGUGACACACCAGAGAACUCAUACGGGUGAAAGACCUUACAAAUGCUCUCAGUGUGAGAAGACGUUUACUCAUUCAGCUUCCUUCAAAGUCCAUGAAAGAAUUCACACUGGAGAGAAACCUUACCAAUGUAAUGUCUGUGGGAGGAGUUUUAGGCAACAUGCUAAUGUUUUAAAGCACCACCGAGUUCAUACAGGAGAGAAACCUUACAUCUGCUCUCAUUGUGGAAAGAGCUUCCCUGAUUUAAGAUCUAUUAGAAUCCACGAGAGACUUCACACUGGAGAGAAACCUCAUCACUCGCAACAGUGCCUGGUAUCGGACACUCUUAUGCAGGCAGGGGGAGGGGCGGGGCUGUUUUUCCUACCCUCCACCGCCACUUUCAGAGCGCCUUCUCUCUCCAGUACAGCAGGAGGCGCUCUGCAGCUCUUUAGUCCGCCAAUAAACCCACUAAAGAAAGAAAGAAAGAAAGAGCUCACGUGUGAUGUGUUUGUAUAUCCUCAGUGUUUAUUGAGUGUAAACGGAGUCUUGUCUCUGUGUAUUUUAGUGUUGAUGAUGGAUGUGAUGUGUUGUAAAUCAGUAGGAACUGAUCUGUCCAUGCUGGAUAUUGAUGAUUUCAUCACAGAAAUCUCUCAGCUGAAGAAAGAGGUGGCGUUACUGGAGACAAAGCUGAGGUUAAGAGGAGAUGAAGGACUGAAGAGAGAGGACUCCGAGCUCAGUCUGACUUUACUCUGUUAUACUGAGUCAAAGCCCACAGACGCUCAGGACACUACAGUGUGUGACAGUAAUCAGGGCUUACAGGAUGAGGAAUCUACUGAUCAAACCUCCACAGAGUCUCUGGAUUCUGUCUGGAACGCUGGAGAACAGCAGCAGAUCCUGCAGACCAAACUCAAGAUGUGUUCAGUCAAACUCAUCGACGGCUCGAACCUCAUGAUGAAGAUCAAAACUGAACCUACAGAAAUAAAAACUGAACCUACAGCAGAUGAAGAUCACACUGAGGAAGAUGAAGACAGUCAUGAUGAUGCUUUUAUUUCUUCAGAUGUGAAGAGUGAAUCAUUUUUGGAUGGAGAAAAAACGUCCUCAACAUCAGAAGAGAGACUGACAGCACAAACUCAAGAGAAGAAACUUCAUUCAGAAGAGCACAGAGAGAAGAAGAAGAAGAAAAAGUUUAACUGUCAGCAGUGUGGGAAGGAUUUUGUCGUCUUAUCUCAGCUGAAAAGUCACAUGAGGACACACAGUGGUGUAAAGUCUUUCUCCUGCACUGAAUGUUGCAAAUACUUCAGCACCAAACACAAUCUUGCUGUUCAUCAGAGAAUUCACACAGGAGAAAAACCAUACGAGUGUCCUCACUGUGAGAUGAGAUUCAACCACAAAUAUUAUUUAAAAAAACACAUGCGUUUACACACUAAUGAGAGACCGUAUCAGUGUAGUAAAUGUGAAAAAACCUUUAAAGAUUCAGGUUCAUUAAAAUUACACCAGAAAAUUCACUCUGAGGAGAAACGCUAUCAGUGUUCACACUGUGAUAAAGCUUUCAGUCAUGAAUCUCAUCUGAUACGCCAUAAGAGAGUUCACACUGGAGAGAAACCGUUUCGCUGUGAUGUUUGUGGGAAGAGUUUCAGUCAACAUUACAAUUUAGUGCCACACCUGAGAACUCAUUCAGGUGAAAAACCUUACAAAUGCUCUCAGUGUGAGAAGACGUUUACUCAUUCAUUUUCCUUAAAAACGCAUAAGAGACUUCACACUGGAGAGAAACCUUACCACUGUAGUGUUUGUGGGAAGGAUUUUAAUCAACGUGAAAAUUUUUUGAGACAUCAGAGAACUCAUACAGGUGAAAAACCUUACAAAUGCUCUCAAUGUGAGAAGAAAUUUGCUUAUUCAAGUAGGUUAAAAGUCCAUGAGAGGGUUCAUACUGGAGAGAAACCUUACAUCUGCUCGAUCUGUGAAGAGAGAUUUGCUUCUUUUAGAAGUCUUCAGCAUCAUCAUAAGAAGAAACAUACUGAAGAACAAACUACACUGAAAUCAUCAUAGUGCCAAUGAGAUCUGAUCAUAACGCCACAUUCCCAGAGCCAAUGUAGUAUGUCAAAAGAGUGAGACGUGGCGGUACAGCACACAAAACUGUAUUUACAGCGCACGCAAUCACACCAUUGAAACAUUUAUACAAGUGAUCGAAGGACAUCCUGAAAUACAAAUGAAAACGAUCAAGAUACAGUUUCAACUCUUGUAUCAAUCUAAUGAACUCCCCCUGCUCUUCUCGUUCCUGAAGAAUGGAGCGUAACCAAUAACGAACAUUCUAUUGGUUGUAUUGGGAAUUUUAUUGGUUCUAAUGGAAUAUAGCCCAAAACACACUACAGUGUAGUGGUUUUUAUGGUAAAAGCUAAUGGUUCCUAUUGGUAUUUUAAUGGAAACCAUUAGAAUUUUCUGUAACGGUUUUAUUGUUUUUUAAAAUGAGUCGUAGUUGAAUGACGAGGGGAAAUAUCGCGUUCAUAUUCACAGGCGAUUUAUCCGUGAUUAUGAAUGCGAUAUUUCCCCGCUCAUCAGUGAACUACGGCUCUGUGUAGUAAAAGCCGCUCCAUCUGAAAGCAGAUGAUGGUGAUUUAUUACAACUCCAGAAACCGGCUUUACUGACGAGAUGCACGUGACAAACACAUGAGAUUAAUUGUGCAGCCUAAUGUCAUGAGAAUGUUGUGAUGUCCACUGUCAGCGUUUGGUAUAAUAACACCUCCUCAUUUUAGCCAGAGCAUCGAAAAUACAACUAAGAUUGUUCAAUAAAACAUCUUUAUUUAAAUCGACAUCACUUUGUCGCUGUUGAUUUGAACUGACAACAGAAUUAAUGUUAGCAUAGCAUAACGAACUGAGUUUAUUCUUUAAAAUUUUAUCUAUGCAUUUUUCACUUACCAAACCACUUCUAUAAUACCCUUGACAUUGUGCUAAACAUGAAGUAUAAUCAUAACAGCAAAAUGUUCCCAGAUAGCAAGCAACCAUUAAUGUUAAAAACUGUUUUUUGAAUGUUUGUUGCAUUAAAUUAAUACCAGAUUUGCAACCUCCAUUAGUGUAAAAAAAUACAUUUCAACAAACCACCAUUGUGGUGAUCAGUGUUUGCUUUAGAUGAGGGCCCUUGACUUUUCAUUUCAAGCGAUGACCUGUUUCUUGGUUGUGUG